AUGGAGUCUUCAAAUCUCCAUCAUCAUCACCAACACCAUCAUCGCCAGCUUCAACUUGUUGCCUCUUCCAGCUCUUCUUCUUCUUCCUCCUCCUCCUCUUCUCCGCCUAAUCCUUCCACCGCCGCAGCUAAUUACUAUGGAGCUCCGGCGACAACCGGCCUUCAUCCUUCCGGCUGGACCCAGAACUUUACUUUCGAUGGAGGUUCGGUAAACCCUAGGCUGACGAUGAACAACAACAACAACAACAACAACAACAUCAACACUGCUGCUGCUUCAAUGCUGCUUCAGCAUCAAAACCACGACUUGAGCUUCCAGUGGAACACCCACUCGGGCUGCUUCACCUCCGUCAAGGACCAAGGAGGCUCGCCGUCGCCACUCUCCUCCUCCACGACGUCGUCGUCGGACCCUUUCCCGAGGUUCACCGACAUGCUAAUCAGCUCCGCUUCCCCUAAUUCCUCCGCCACCGCCGACGACACCUCCUCCUCCCCCUCAUCGGCCAACGAUCUCUCCGACAAGCUCCUCCUCAAGACCAUCUCCGCCUUCCCCUUCGCCGCCCACCACUACCAACCAGGAGGAGGGGGAGGAGGAGGAGUCAUGAUGCCUUUUAUCAAUCCGCCGGCGAAUUUCGGUACUAAUAAUUACUUUAUGCUGCCGGCGGCGAGGGUUGGCGGGAGCGGUGGGACUACUACUAGCAGCUUCAUAUACCCUAGCAUCAACGUGUCGAGCCUCAGCCAGCAAACGGCGCCGUUGGAUAUGAACAUGCAAGCCAGCUUGGAUGAUCUCUUGACCUCCUCCUCCAAUCAUCCAAGUAGUCUAAUGGGAUCGCAUUUAAGGGUUGAUCAUAAUCCUAAUUAUGGCUCUCUUCAUCAUCAUCAUCAGGAGAAUCUCAUGAUGCGCCAAUAUUGCAGCCCUAGCAAUACCAAGGUGUCCUCUUGGAGCUCGUCCACGGCGUCGUUUAACAGGGAAACGGCAGCGAAGAGUGCACCUCCAACGACGGAUGCGAAGAGAAGCAGCAGCGGGUCGUCGUCGAAUGAAGGGACGACGGCGGCAAAGGCCACGUCGCAGCCGGGAACCAAUAAGAAGUCGAGAUUGGACCAGCCGCGUGCCUCUUGCCCUCCCUUUAAGGUAAGGAAAGAGAAGCUGGGUGAUAGAAUCGCAGCCUUGCAGCAGAUGGUUGCCCCUUUUGGCAAGACUGACACAGCGUCAGUGUUAAUGGAGGCUAUCGGAUACAUCAAGUUCCUUCAAAACCAAGUCGAGACAUUAAGCGUCCCGUACAUGAAGUCAACUCGCAACAAGCCCAAUCGGCCCAUGCAUUUCCAAACGGGUGCAACUGGAGGAGAGGUAGUUGAAGAUGGAGAGGCGACGAGCCGAGAUCUAAGAAGCCGAGGCCUGUGUCUCGUACCGCUGUCCUGCAUGUCCUACGUAACCAGCAUCGACGGCGGAAGCAUCGGCGGAGCCAUGUGGCCGCCGCCGCCCCCUAAUUUCGGCGGUGGGACAUAA